AUGGAUUUGCCGGCAAACUACGAAAAGCAUGUUAUUGUUUGUCAGUUGUGUGAUAAAGUGUUGGUGAAACCGAAAACUCUGCAAUGUCUCCACUCCUUUUGUUCAGCCUGUCUUCUCAUCCACUUCAAGAGUAUACCAGUAGACAAUCGGGCAAACUGCUCUUUCAGUUGUCCGUCCUGUCGAACAGUGACGAAGUUACCCGUUUCAGACGUUCCUGUAGACUCAUGGCUGCCACUGCUCCCAAACAGCUGCCUGCUUACCGCACUUAUAGAGAAGGUUUCUCUUGAAGGAGUAAAGACUUGCGGCCCAUGUUCUCGAGGAGAUGUCGUCACGACCGCGAUGUCCUGGUGUUACGACUGUGGUGAAUUUCUCUGUGAACACUGUGUUACUUAUCACCAGCGCAUGAAAGUCUUGAUGGACCAUACCGUCCUUAACACGGAGGAGAUCCGAAACAAACCCCACAAGAUGGCGGAGACAGAGGAACUAUGUCAGACCCACGCUGGAAAGGUGGUUGAAGCUUUCUGCUACGACCAUGACCACCUGUGUUGUUUGGACUGUGUAACAUAUGAUCACAGAAAAUGUCAGAAAGUCAAGUCAUUAGAUGAGAUAGCCUGUGGCAUCAAGGAGAGCGGCGUAAUUAAGUCAGUUGCUGAUAAAUUAAAAUGGGUCGAGGAUCACACUCUGGCAGUCAUUAACAGUCGUUCCAACACGAUCGAAGAACUUGGUCGUAAACAGGAAGCAAUUUUGUCUGACGUCGCAUCGUUACGUGAUGAAAUCGAAACACUGCUUCAGCAAAUGGAAGAAAAACUAAAGGAAGAGCUAUCCAAAAUGCACGAAGCGAUUGUUGAACAGCUUAAAGUCCAAAGCAAGGAUUUUGAAUAUAUUUGCAAAGCAGCCGAGAAUGGAAAGAAGAUUCUUGCCGUGUCUGAAGCCAUGGGUGCCGAGAACGAGGUUUAUGUCACGACUCAAAAACUGAGGAAAAGAUGUGAGGAGCAUGACAGAUUCAUGAAAUCAGAAAGCAGCAGAGUGUUUGACUACAACUAUGAAUUUGUAGUCAAUGACGUCAUCAACGAGUUCACUAGAAACGUUCUUUCCGUUGGAAAAAUCAACAUAAUGAGGGCACCAAAUAACAUACUUCCGGCUUUUUUGAAAGACAGGCGAAUUGAAAAGCUUCUAGAAAUAAACGGAAAGUGUCCAACGGACAGCAAUCACUGCUGGUUUACUGGUGGUCUUUUCACAUCGAAAGGCUUUCUGGUCUUGGCGGACUACAGAAACCGAAGGCUGAAGUGCUUUAAUGAAACAGGUGACAUGCUUUCGUCGAUUGAUCUUCGUGGACAACCCUGGGACAUUUGCGAGCUUGCAAAUGGAGAAUUAGCUUUCACUGUUCCAGACGAGUCUACCAUAUGUCUGGUGGCAUUAAGUAAGGAAGGUGAAAUUACUCUCAGAAGCGAGACGAUGGAGGUAGGCACGGGAUGUCAUGGAAUUCAACUACUUGAUGAAGCCCUGGUCAUUGCAUGUUCCAACGAAAUACGAGUGUUAGACAGGGAUGGAAAACUACAGAGCACGCGUCCACUAGAGGAUCGCGGUACAAGAUACGUUAUGGCUAACCGGGACAACGUUGUUUUCACAGACAAGGUCGGCAUAACAUCGAAAGACUUGUCCGGAAGCCACGUGUUUAAAUACCGCGACCCCGAUCUACGAUCGCCACGUGGAUUUGCUCGCGAUCACGAGGGAAAUUUGUAUGUUUGUGGAAUGGAUUCAAACAACGUACACCAACUAACAAAAGAUGGUUUGCUCAACAAAGUGUUACUGACCGCCAAAGAUGGAAUCCGGAAUCCUUACGCCAUAGGAUUUCAGCGAGAGGGUACCACACUGUUCCUAACACAGAUGGACUGUGACGUGGUUCUCCUGUACAAACUUGUAACAAGGUGGUGAGAUGGUUUAAUAACAUUCGGCACACUUACAGUAACUCUGAAGUACAUUUCGCGAGAUGUAUCUGACUUUGUUAAUUUCAAAGGGUCAAUAGUGAAAAAGUGUGUCAAACGAUGCAAUAUUUGAAUAUAUUGUGAUCAUAUUUUGAGUUUUAUGUAGACAAAUGCUGUAAUCUUAGUACUGAUAUAUUCCUAAAAAUAGUAUAUGUUUCAAUAUGACACUAUUAAGAGAAAGCAUGAAUUACUAUUAUGCCAUUCUCGUUGACUGCUGAAUAAUUUAGCUUACUACCUCUACUUGUCCUCAUGAUUGUAUUACUUUUUUCUUUCUUUUUAUAGAUUGUCUUUAUAAAUUGCAAUGCCGUAUUGACCGAUAUAGUUAACCGUUUAGUAUGAAACUGUUUCGGUUUUGUCAACUGUCAUCUGUGUUUUUGCCAUUACGUUAUUAAA